AUGUGUAUGGUGAUGAAACCCUUAAAAAAAGGCAAUGCCGAAAUUGGUCGUCUAGUUGAGCUUAAUAAGGAUAAAAUAAAAACCAUCAUCGAAGCAAAUCGUCAUGUAACUACACGGGAGAUUGCAGAGAAGUUAAAUGUUUCACAUACUGCCAUUGAGAAGCAUUUAAAACGUGUCGAGCUCGUUAAGAAGCUGAAUAUUUUGGUUCCGUACGAUUUGAAAGAGGUUCAUCUGACAAAGCGCAUCAACGCUUGCGAUUUAUUGCUUAAACACAAUGAAUUCGAUCUGUUUUUAAAACGAAUCAUCACUAAAGACGAAAAGUUGAUUGUGUACAACAAUGUCAAUCGAAAACGAUCGUGGUGCAUGCCUAAUGAGUCAUCGCAAACCACUUCAAAGGCAAAAAAUAAGAUUUUACUGUCAAUUUGGUGGGAUUGGAAAGGUCCGAUGUAUUUUGAUCUGCUUCCAAGGAACCAAACCAUUAAUUCAGAGGACUACUGUCAGAAACUGGACAAAAUGAAUGCAGCGGUCAAGGAAAAGCGACAAGAAUUGGUCAAUCGUAAAGGUGUCAUUUUCCGUCAGGACAAUGCUAGACCGCACACGUCUUUAGCCACUUGA